GGAGGCUGGAGCAGUGGCACAGGAGCGUGGACAGGCGGCCAGGGCCGACUAUGGCAAACUGCCCCAAAGAGCAGUACUGGGACUCCUUGACCAAAACCUGCAUCUCCUGCGUCUCCUGCAGCCAGAGGAGCCAGCGCAGCUGUACAGACUUGUGCAAGUUCCUCAGUUGCCGCAGAGAGCAUGGCAAGUACUACGACCAUCUCCUGGGGGUCUGCAUAAGCUGCAACUCCACCUGCACGCAGCACCCUCUGCAGUGUGCACACUUCUGUGAGAAAAAGGCCAGAAGCCAGAUGAACCUCCAGCCCGAGCUCAGGAGACCACUGGCCGGGGAAGUGGAAGCCAGGCUAGGCAACUCAGGAAGGCACCAAGGAGCAGAACAAGGAGGCUUGCAGACAGGAUCAGCAUCCACAGGACUGAGGGUGAGCAGCGACCAGUUGGCCCUUGUCUACUGCACACUGGGGCUUUGCCUCUGUGCCAUCUUCUGCUGUUUCUUGGUGGCAUUGGCCUGCUUCCUCCGGCGUAGAGAGCCGCUUCCUAAGCAGUGUUCAGGGCCACGUGUGUCCCAGGCAAAGUCUCCCCACCGCCCCACGACAGAGGCUUGCAGUGAGGUGGCCUUGCCACCCCAGCCUGUCGAGACAUGUAGCUUCUGCUUCCCGGAGCGCAGGUCGCCUACACAGGAGAGCACUCGCACGCUCGGGACUCUCGGCUUAGCAGGAACCGCUGCCCCGCAGCCCUGUGCGCGUGCAUCGGUUGGCGUCGUGCGCGUGCCCAUUGGAGAUGCUGGUCCAGGAGCUUGACAGCCAGUGAAGAAGAAGACAAUGAAGUGGAUGGAGUGCAAGAGGAGGGGAGGGAUGGAAAAGAGAAAGGAGGAAGAAGACAGGAGAUAGGCAGCCUGGCUGCAUCCACUCACAAUGAAGCAACCACCCGUAGCGCCCACACCCCCAGUACCACCUGUGUCACGGUUUCCCAGACUUUAGGCAGAGCAGUGAACCUGUAAACUCCUCUUUAGUGGAGAACGAUGGAGAGCGGCAGGCACCUGGAGCAUCGUCCUCACAGUUCUUACAAAGAAGCGCCCUUCCCUAGGGCCUUAGGCAGAUAACUGAGUGCAGUGUGUAGGUUUGUGAAUAAAAGAAUUUGUAUGUGUGUGUGCAAAUGCUGGGCCGUGUUGUGUGCAUGUGUAUCUGUAUGAGUGGCAUGUAUAUGUGCAUGCACAUGCAUGUGUGUGAAUUUGGUGUAUGCAGGUAGUGUGUCCACAUGUGCAUGUGACCAAUGUGAUGUACCCAGGAAGGCGAGAGACUCCAGGUGAAUGUCAGACGUCUAAAAGGAUGAUGGGUGUUUCCUGGACCUCACCACGAGUAUGUUCAAUUGCACCCUUUUUUAAUGAGCACGUAUACACUUAUCCUUUUAGCUGCAUUUAAACCUCCAGGUGCAUAAAGCGUUUUCCCAGCAAGCUUAAGUGUGAAACUAUAUACAGUGAAAUUUCACCCUCCCUACCUGGUACUUGGCAGACCUACCCGCAAGGGCACCCCUGCCCUCACCAUCCACAGCUAGCAGGCUGUACAGGAGAAGGGCGUCCUUCACAGUAUAACACUGAUGACAGCUCUGGUAACAUAAGGUGGCUGCCACAGAGUCUGGAAGCCUGCAGUCAAGGGGUCUGCAGAAUUGGCUCUUCCUGAGGCUGCACACACCUAAGGCUGCACAUACCUGAGGCUGUACAUGC